CCCUCCCGGCGCCCCGCGCCCUCCUUCCUUCCUCGCCCGGACGGACGCACUUCCGGCGGAUGUGGGGGGGCAACCCCGGAAACGGAAGUGAGCGGCGGGGCCGGCUGACGGUAACGGGGCUGAGAGGCUGUUCACAGAGCAAGUGAAGAUGAAUGCCAGAGGACUUGGAUCUCAGUUAAAGGACAGUAUUCCAGUUACUGAACUUUCAGCAAGUGGACCUUUUGAAAGUCAUGAUCUUCUUCGAAAAGGCCUUCCGUGUGUGAAAAAUGAACUUUUGCCCAGUCAUCCUCUUGAAUUAUCAGAAAAAAUGUAAUUCCAGCUCAACCAAGAUAAAAUGAAUUUUUCCACACUAAGAAACAUCCAGGGCCUGUUUGCUCCACUGAAAUUACAAAUGGAGUUCAAGGCAGUGCAGCAGGUACAGCGUCUUCCAUUUCUUCCAAGCUCAAACCUUUCACUGGAUAUUUUGAGGGGUAAUGAUGAGACUAUUGGAUUUGAAGAUAUUCUUAAUGACCCGUCACAAAGUGAACUAAUGGGAGAACCACACUUGAUGGUGGAAUAUAAACUCGGUUUACUGUAAUCUGUUGUGCUGUUCAUGAAAAUAGAGGGGCUACAUGUUGUUUAUAGUCAUCUUUUUACUGUAAUUUGAUGUACACAACAUUAAAAGUACUGACACAGAGUUUUUGCCUAAA